CCUCUCCCCAAAUCGACAUCCACCCCUUUGUCAAGCCUGGACAUGAGCAGGAUGGUGUACACGAGCUUCACAGACAUGUGGCCAUGGAGGCUCCGGAUGAGGCCGACGCCGAUGACGACUCGAACAGUUCGUAGAGCCGUACCAGAUCACCAUGCGCCGUUCCCGACCGCGCGUCACGGCGCCUGCGGCCUGGACCCUGGGUGACUUCCUUGCCGCCGCAAUCAGGCAGAUUGACGCCGCCCUUCCAAUCCCUGGUCGGCGCCAGCGACGGACCCCGCUCAACUUCACCCCAAGGCGCGGGAGAUCGGCCACGUCCACCGCCCGCAAGACGGCCGCGCCGCCGACAGCUGAGAGGCGCGCCCAGAUCCACAUUCUGCGCACCCUCGGCAUUGUCGGAAUUGAUCAGAGGAUCACCGCAGCGGAGAUGCAGGCGUAUGAGGGUCUCUUCACGGCGACCAUUCCCCUGUCCGUCCUGUCGGCCAUCGCCGCUCUGGUUCAUCGCGAGCUCCCCGCGGAUCCCACCAUCGCGCCGAUCACCAUGAUGGUCGCGGGCAGCCCCAUUAAGGCAUAGCCACGCCGCGCGCCACAUCAUAGACCUCUCCUCAAUGGAUCACAACCCCAAGAUGCUCAUUUGGAACGUGCGCGGCCUCAACGCGCGCGCUCGCCGCACCGCCGUCCGUUCGCUCGUUGUUACCGCAAAUGUCUCUAUUGUCUGCCUCCAGGAAACGAAGAUGACUUUGAUUUGCUCGUCGACUGUCCUUACCCUUGGCUCGGAUUUCGACGACUACGUGUACCUUCCCGCGCUUGGCACUCGCGGCGGA